GAAAAAAGAAAAAGAAAUGGCAGAUGAAUUUUGGGGGAUUUUUUUUUAAAAAAUGUCAUUUUUGGGGGAAUUUGUAGUUCAGGUUGGGGGAAUUGUAUAAAUCGGUCUGGCAAUCCUGAAUUGUAUAAAUCGGUCUGGCAACCCUGAUUCAUUCCAUUUUCUCAUUUUCCAUUUUCCUUUUCCAUAAUUUGCAAUUUGCAUUAUUAUUUUAUUAUUUCAUUCCACUCGUCCAUUCAUUCGUCGAUCGAUUGUCGAUUGAGUUCGUCAUUCAGCCAUGGCAUAAAGGGAGUGUAUUUGUAUGUACUUUAACUAUGGAAUUUAAAGCUGAAGUUAUGGAGGAGUUUGUUUUUGUUGAAUGUAACCAAAUAGAUAUAGAGAGCCUGCCUCAGCCAUCCACAUCAAUAUCAAUAAAACAAGAACACAAAAAUGAACCAGAAGAAUGGAACUCAGCAAUGGAAGUAAAACCUGAAAUUAAAAAAGAAUUUGAUCAAAUUGACCAAGGAUAUAUAGAGCCUCUGCUAUUAACAUCCAUAGGACUUGGAGACUUAAAGAAAGAACUAAAUGAAGAUAAAUCAGGUUUUUCCCAUAACGGAAUGGAAAUCAUGAAUAGUGAGGUUGCUGCAAACGCUGAAGAAACAACAUUAAAAAAUUCCAUUUGUAAAUGUAAAAUUUGUUUUAAGCUAUUUAAUCAGGCAAAUUUGAAAGAGCAUAUGAUAGUACACACGAGAGGAAAACACUACAAAUGUGAUAUUUGUUUUAAGCACUUUGCUCAGUCGGGUAGUUUAAGAACACAUUUGAAAGUAGUGCACACUGGGGAAAAACCUUACAAGUGUGAAAUUUGUUUUAAGGAGUUUUCUGUGAAAGGUACUUUGAAAAAUCAUUUGAGAAUACACACUGGAGAAAAAUCUUACGAGUGUGACAUUUGUUUAAAGAAGUUUCUUGAGAAAGGUACUCUUAAAAGACAUUUACGAAAACACACUGGAGAAACACCGUACAAGUGUGAAAUCUGUUGUAAGGAGUUUUCACUAACAAUUGAUUUAAAAAGACAUUUCAGAUCACACACUGGAGAGAAAGAGAUUCACAAGUGCGAAAUUUGUUUUAAGGAGUUUCCUCUGAAAGGUAGUUUGAAAAGACAUUUAAGAAUACACGCUGGUGAAAAACCUUAUGAGUGUAACAUCUGUUUAAAGAAGUUUUCUGAGAAAGAUACUUUAAAAAUACACUUUAGAACACACACUGGCGAGACACCGUAUACGUGUGAAAUCUGUUUUAAAGAGUUUGCUAAAGCAAGUCAUUUGAAAACUCAUUUGGGAGUGCACACCGAAAAACCUUACAAGUGCGAAAUUUGUUUUAAGAAAUUUAGUCAAGCAGAACAUUUGAGAGUGCACAUUGAAGAAAAGUCUUACAAGUGUGAAAUUUGUUUAAAGCAAUUGUGUGCAGCAAGUAGUUUGAAAACACAUUUGGUAAUUCACACUGAAGAUAACCCUCACAAGUGUGAAAUUUGUUUUAACCGGUUUACUACAGCACCUAAUUUGAAACGACAUUUGAGAGUGCACACUGGGGAAAAACCUUAUAAGUGUGAAAUUUGUUUGAAACCGUUUAGCCAAUCAGGUAGUUUGAAAUACCAUUUGAGGACACACACUGGAGAAACACCUUACAAGUGUGAAACUUGUUUUAAGCAAUUUAAAUGGGCCAAGUCUUUGAAAAUACAUUUAAAAACGCACACUGGAGAAAAGUCUCACACGUGUGAAAUUUGUUUUAAACAGUUUAGUCAAGCAUGUAAUUUAAAAACACAUUUGAGAGUACACACUAUGGAAAAACCUAACAAGUGUUAAAUUUGUUCUAAGCAAUUUAGGCAACCAGAUAAUUUGAAACAUCAUUUGAGAAUGCACACUGGUGUAAAACCUUACAAGUGUGAAAUUUGUUUUAAACAAUUUAAUCGGAAAGAUCGUUUAAAACCACAUUCGGUGUUACACACAGGGCCGCCAGUCCCAGAUUAAGAAUCUUGAGGCCCCUAGGUAACUCAUGCUACGAGACCCUUAACCCUCGUGUAGAGAAAUCUCUACACUGCUGACCUACCGACAAGUAACAGAACAAACGUGUGCAACUUUUGAUGAUGACACUGCUGUACUAGCCUCUCACCAUGAUCCAAUCACAGCAUUCCGAACCCUUCCAAAAGACCUUAAUAAUAUCCAAAGAUUGCUUAAAAAUGGAAGAUAAAGGCGAAUGAGUGUAAAUCCACCCAUGUAACAUUCACCAUGAAAAAACAAACAUGUCCAUCUGUAACUCUGAAUGAAACACAACUCCCACAAACCGAUACUGUUAAGUACCUAGGAAUCCACCUUGAUGGGAGAUUAACUUGACAAAAGCGCAUUUUCACAUAAAGAAAUCAACUAGGAAUAAAAUUCCGAGAAAUGUACUGGAUUAUCGGUCGUAAAUCUUAACUAUCUCUGGAAAACAAACUGCUGAUAGGUCAAACAAACCUAGAAAUACUUCAAAGAUUACAGAACAAAGUCCUUAGAACAAUGCUGAAUGCCCCUUGGUACGUGCCAAACUAUGUGAUAGAGCAAGACCUCAAUGUACCAUCCAUAAAAACAGUAAUAAAAGAAUAUUACAAAAAAUAUUCCAAGAGACUAGAAUCUCGUCCAAACGAGUUAACCAGCAACCUCACUGAUGACCAUAAUGAUGUACGACGCCUGAAGAGAUUUAAAGUAGUUGGCCUAGCAAGAAAAUUCGAACAAUGAACUAAGCUUAUUUUAACUUGUUUUAAUUUAAUAUAUAUAAAGAGUGAUCACUGGAUCUCCCUCUGCAGGUCAAAUUUUCAAUUUUUGUCAAAUAGUUUACCUAUUGUUCUUAAUUUAGGACAGAUUAUAAAAAUAUUACAACAUUUUCAAUAAAAAAGUGAAAAAUC